AAAACAAGUGCCCAAGGCCAUAGGGAAGUCACAAAAACAACUUUUCUUUAUAAUUUUGCAAAUUUAGGUUCGGCUGCAGACUGUCAGGAAUGAGACGCGUAUCGUGGUAUGGCUGAAAGCAACGAAAUUUCCUGUAAAAAUCAACUUGACGUCGAACGAACGAGAAAAACCCCGGAGAAGAGCGGAGCACGAGAAGGGGUGUGCACGCCUCCCCUCCCCCGCCGCUGCCGCCCGCUAGCACAUCAAGUCGCCGGGCACCGAUAUGGACAGGGCAAAACCAAGAAAGGUAUGUUACAGCAUGAAGACGGGACGUUACUGAAGCCCCUACAGCCGCCACCACGUGGCCAGAAGGAACUCGGGUUUUACCAGAAGAUUUUUGACGAGAACACAACGAAUCAGGACCUGCUGACUUUAAGACUUUUCAUGCCAAAGUACCUGGGGAAGUUUGUUCCUGAGGAUGACCCUUCACAGGUUUUUAUCAAGCUGGAAGACAUCACCAGAAAGUUCCACCAACCCUGCAUUCUAGAUGUCAAGGUGGGGAGACGCUGCUACGAUCUGGAGGCCACUCCAGACAAGAUUGAACGAGAGAAGAAGAAGUACCCCCCUAUCGACAUUGUGGGGUUCCAACUCAUGGGAAUGAGGAUCUAUAAGAGGAAAACAGGAGAAGUGGUGUACUACGACAAGAAAUAUGGGAGGAGCCUGGAUGAAAACCAUGUCGGCAUGGGUCUGACUAAGUACCUGACCAUGGAUGGAACCUGCCAACUACAAGUCGGAGUGCUGCAGGCCAUCUUGUGUCAGCUGGAGAAAAUCAAACGGUUCAUCAAGACACAGUCUCAGAUCUGCCUCUUCUCCAGCUCCCUCCUCAUUGUUUACGAGGGGGAGCCCGAAAACUCCACGGAGAAAUCCAACUCCGCAGAGCACAGUGCAGAGUACUCUACAGAAAACACAGUCACUAUAGCAAGUGGUGACAUAUCUUUUGAUCAAAUUCACCACUUGUCACAUUCCAAGGGAGAUAAAAAUGGAGCAGGGCAAGAGGGUUUGAGAGAAAGCGUUUCAGACCCAAAAUUGCGGCAAGUCCCAUUCCAGAAUGACUACAGAUCAACACAAAAGGCAGUCAAAGAGAAAAAUGUAAACGGACCACACACACAAGUGUCUGGGGUAGAGGGAAUGGGCAAGACAGAGUCAACUGAACAGGCUAUCACAGGUCACUCAGGUUCACCAAGAGACAGGGAUGCUGAUAGGUUACCGGAGGUAGAAGAUGGGUUAUCCUGUCCAACCAGGGACAUUGAUACAGACUGUAUAGCUCAAGCUAAGAUAGAUGUAAGAAUGAUUGACUUUGCCCAUGUGUUUCCCUCUGAUCACAUUGAUGAGAACUACUUGUAUGGGAUAAAGAACUUAAUAAGCUAUCUAGAAAAGAUAGGUAUAUGAUCAAGACAAAAAGAAUGGACUAUUUUACAAAGAAAAGUUCUCAAACUAUUGUAACAUUCCCCUACAAGGGAUAAUGGGUGAAUAUUUUUAUUGGCAAAAGUCUGGGAAAUUAUCAUCAAAAUUAAUUAUAAUCAAAUACGUCUAUUGGGUAGAUAGUUACUUAUUAUUUUAGGUGAAUAUUUUGUAUAAAAUAUUGUCAAAAGCAGUCCGUCUUGCCAGGUUUUAUUUCUCAUGUUGCUUAUGCAUUUGUACUAUCAAAAACCGUGAUGCACGUAUGUUGUUGAAAAGAGACAAGAUAUAUGUAAGAUUCAAAACAUUAGGGCAAGUAGGGCAAAUUACAUGUCCUUUUCAUUAAAAUUCUGUUAUUUUGUUAUUAUCGUUGAUAGGGGUUCAUAUUAGUUUUGUGAUUAUUUUGUGUUUCAGUUUUAUUGUUACAUACGUGUGCCACUUAUUUUUGCAUGCCGUGGUUUUCUUUUGUAUGGUAUGUUUUGAAAGCCAAAUAAAGAUAAUUGAAAAAAAAAACAGAUUCAAUUGCAUAACUGGUAAACAACAUUGAGGCAUAAUACAGCAGUUUUGCAGUAUUUUUUUUUACUUUUUUUUGUACUGGUUGGGUUUCUCAACUGUUGAUAUGGACAUACCUCUUCUCCUAUUGAUACAUUGGUAUGUAAAAUACAUCUGUAAUACUAGUAGCCAGUCUGAAGAAUGUGUACAUGCUAUACUAGUACAAGGUACUAUCAUGUACAGCUAAUGAAGUAAAAGCACCAUAAACGUGCCAUACCACGUUUUCUUGCUUAUGCUUAUGGCAAUAUCCCUAAAAAUGCCUCUCCUAUUAGGUCAGUUAGUCCUCUCCAUGACUCAAGCUUGUCUCAAGCAUUGAUGUUUUUGACUUAGCUAGGGAGAAGAGAUGCUGUUCCAGUAACACAAAUUUAAUUCCAGCGGUCUUUUGGCCUUGCACUGAGCAAAAUCGUUUUAAAAAUGCAUGAAAGUCAAUGUUCGGAACAUGUAGAUCAGAUGUUUCGACUUCUCAAAUGAU